CUCCGGAAGGUGCGCACGCUGGGCUUCCGGCUCGGCUGUCAACCCUCCGGCACUUCCGCCUCCGGCUGUCGGCGUGGCGGUGGAAUGGCUGGCUCUGAGUUGCGUGCAGCGCUGGAGCAGCGACUCGAUGCCCUUGCCAUCCGCACGGAGGUUGUGGAACACCCCGAGGUGUUUACAGUUGAAGAAAUGAUGCGUCAUAUCCAGCAUCUGAAAGGAGCACAUAGUAAGAACCUAUUUCUUAAAGACAAAAAGAAAAAAAACUAUUGGUUGGUGACAGUUCUUCAUGAUAGACAAAUUAAUUUAAAUGAUCUUGCCAAACAGUUAGGUGUUGGGAGCGGAGGUCUGCGAUUUGCUGAUGAAACAGUCAUGCUAGAAAAGCUGAAAGUUGGUCAAGGCUGUGCCACACCUCUGGCCCUCUUCUGUGAUGAUGGAGAUGUAAAAUUUGUUCUGGAUUCUGCUUUUCUGGAAGGUGGACACGAAAAGGUAUACUUUCAUCCAAUGACCAAUGCUGCAACCAUGGGAUUGAGCCCUGAAGACUUUCUUACAUUUGUGAAGAUGACAGGACAUGAACCCAUAAUACUAAAUUUUGAUAAAAAUUAAUGCUCCGGAUAACUGUAUUUCUGAAAAGUCUUGUAAUUUUAUUUUUUUUAAAAUGAAUUAUAUAUAAGAUUUAUUGAAUCUUAAGAAUUCAGGCCUAGAAGAAAAUAGGCCUUGGGGUGAAGUAAGGACAUGGAGUUUUUAUUUUAUUUCUGGUACCCUAUUUUAUCCCCCACCCCCCACUUUUUUUUUCCUGGUAAUGAAAGUAGUACCAGGAGGCAGGAACAGGGGAGAGAAAGGGGAGGUAUUGGAGGGAAAAAAAAAUGACCAUAUUAUAUAGUUAUAUUGCGU